AUGCGACAACAAUAUGGGUUCGUUUUUUUCCUACUAUUGUUUAUCUCUAAAUAUCAUGCACAAAAUCCAACGACAACAUCUCCUCUCGAAUGGAAUGGUGACCCAAAGUUAUGCACAGUUAAUCCAUCAGCUGCACCUUCGACAAUACCUGGACCACCAUUACCUAAAUUUUCAAACAAAGCUGAAUUUGCCUUAGAGCGUGUCGAAAUUAAGCAUUUAUUAAAUGUAAGCUUGCCGACCGUAAUAACUAUGUAUCAACAGAUUUAUGAUUAUGAUGCUAAUAAAUUAAUUGUGGUUAAGAAUGAAAAUGGUUUUAUUAGUGUUGAAUAUUAUUACUAUGAUAUUCUUAAGAAGUCAACUUAUUAUAGAGGAGACUUUUGUGUUGUGACUAAUAUUCCAACAGAAAACGAUAUGGAUAGUGCAUCAGCAGUAAAAUUAAAUGGCACAUGGCAUAUUCGUCCAAUGAAUGAAUUUAUGUUAUUUUCAAAUGAGAAUCCAAAUCGACCGAUAGUUAGACCUAUAUAUCUUGGUCAAGAUAUAGUACGUGGAAUUCCAGUAGAUAAGUGGCAAACUUGUUAUAUCAAGAAAGAAACCUAUCAAACAAUGCGACGCAGAUGGGCAUUCGCUCAACAAGGUGUUGCUAUGCCGGGUAGUACAAUAGAAAAUUAUGCCAUUCCUGUUCAAGCAUUAGUUAGUGCUUCAGUUGUCUUUCCAAAUGGCACACAAGCAUUUGAAGUCGAUGAAGUAUUCAAUGUUCUUUCAUUUCGACCAGGUAUUAUGGAAACAACAGAUGCAUUAGAACCACCAAAAGGUGUUUUUUGUGCUAGUGGUCCAGAUCAAACUUUAGUAUCACUUAAAGAUAUUGGUGUUAGUUGGCCAAAUCGUUUUUCUGUUCGUGUUGACACUUCAACAUCACGUUCUUCACGUUGGCAACGAUUCCAUUUACGUUAUGAUCUAGGUCGUGAUGGAGGUUCAAGACGUUUACGUUAUGAUUUUAUGCCAUCUGGUUCUGAAGAUUUUCAAUCCAUUAUUCAUGAUUAUUCUGAUAAUUUAACCUAUAUUAUUGAUCAACGGGUUGGUAGUUGUAAAAUCAAUGCAGGUGUAUACAUACCAGAUGUUAAUUUUAUUUAUGAUCCAAUACGAUUUUUUGUUAAGCAUGAAGCUCAUUUUAUAUUUAAUCCACCUGAAAAUGCAUGGGAAUCGAAUGGAUUUCGAUCAUGUCGUGGCAAUACUAUUAAAUGUGCAAUAUUAACAACAUCAAUAGAUAACUUUCCUCCUAUGGUUGAUUUAGAUACUGGUGCGUCGACAGGUGAAACAUGGCUAGCAACCAAUAUUGAAUAUGGUUGGUCCAUGCGUGCACCAUAUGCCCGUCCGCCAAGCGAUCAACCUAAACAAUUUGAUUAUCCUGUAAGUUUAUAUUUAAAAGUGUAUCGAUUUCGAGAUCCAAAUAAUCCAUCACCAUCGAAUAUUCUUACACAAGAUAUUGAAUAUGAAUUUUAUGAAAUGUCGCAUGACUUGAAACUAUCUGAUUUCGAUACAAGUAUAUGUUAUCGCUCCCUCAACCUGGAUUAUCUUCAUCUUGGUUUCGUACUCAAGCCAAGCACUGACAAUUUAGUAGAUGGCAAUCAUUUGGACAGACGUGCUCUCGAAAGAAAUGUGGCAUUUGCUUUGAUGACUAGUAUGCAGGUCACCAUGAAGCACCUUAGCAACAUUGAACUCGAUCACAUUCAAUUUGACAAUAGUGUCUAUGUUUUAUUCACUCUUCUUGGUCCAGUGCCCUUAUCGGAAAACAAUGAACCAUCGGCGGAAACAUCUCGACAACGUCUAGAGAUAGCAAUCAAUACGGGUCAAUUCACAUUUAAUAUGACACUGUUAGACUAUGAUAGAUCACAAGUAGUAUUUAGUGCACAGCCCAAUUCUCUCAAAGUUUCCAAACAAUUUAUGUCGAUUCAUGCUAGUGUAGGUUAUACCAAUGUUUCAAUUUGCAACAUUUCUAAGGCCAAUGCUUCCAUUUGCGAAGUUCCUAAGGUCAAUAAUUCUCAUACCAAUGGUCAACGAAUUAAGCAAGAAAAAUACACAUCAGCAGCUCAAGCCGGUGCUAUUAUCGGUGGGCUUAUUGUUGGCAUAGUGCUUGGCUUGAUCGCAAUUAUUGCUGUUCAACUUCUAGACAAAAAAUUAGCGCCUGAUGUUUCUUCCAGCGUUAGUGGUGGUUUUAAAAGUAUCAACUCAGACCGGACGAAACCAGAAACACCUUUAACUAUGCAAAAUUUACAAGCUGCAGUAGAUACAUCUCAUGCUUGA